AUGGCCGCAAACGCCCAAGCACAGGACCAACCGGCAGAGAAGAACGCGGAGCAGCAGAGCCAGGAAAACGGUCACCACAGUGAAGGCGAAGAAGACUCCCACCUCCGCCAUGCCGAAGAUGACGACAAUGGCCCCGAAACAAACAACCAGGCCACAAGCAACCAGAGCACAAGCGGGCCGGAAGAUCAAGCCGAGCAGGCUCCCCAGCCCAGGCCCCCCAAGCCGGCUCGCCUGGAUCAGCAGAAGCGCAAGAGGCCUCUGAACGAAGCCCUGACGGAGGAGGAGAUGCAGAGCCAGAUCGCGCGGCGGAGACAGCCGGUUCAGCCGGUUCAGCCGGUUCAGCCGGUUCAGCCGGUUCAGCCGGUUCAGCCGCAGCCGCAGCCGCAGCCGCCGCCGCCGGCGGUCGUGCCGCAAGGCCAGGUAGCCGCUCAGCAGGAUUCCAAGAAGAAUCCGCUGAAGCUGCGGCUCGAUUUGAAUCUGGAUGUCGAGAUAGAGCUGCGGGCCAAGAUCCACGGCGACGUGACCCUGGCUUUGCUGUAA